GCCGUGGGAGCGGCGCCUGAGCUCAACGGCUCUUCCUGGCUCCGCCCCUGCUCCAACGCCUCCUGCCGGCCUCCAACCGGAGCCCUGCUCCCGUUCGGCGGCGCCCAGCUGGUCUUCGUCGCCGUGGCAACGGGUUUCCUCAGCGUGGUGACGGUUCUGGGCAACUCGCUGGUCAUCCUGUCCAUCAGGGCCAACCGCCGCCUGCGAACGGUCAACAACUACUUCCUGCUGAGCCUGGCGGCGGCCGACCUCGCCUGCCGUUUUCGGGCCUCCCAAACCUUCGAUGACACCCAGCUGGACAUGGAGUCGUCGUCCAGCCCCGACCUGCACCGGUCGGCCUCGGCGGCCUUCUCCGCCUGCCCCAGCCUCCGGUCCCAGGAGAGGAGGCGGCGCAGGGUGAUGGCCCGGGAGCGCAGGGUCACCAGGACCAUCCUGGCCGUCCUGCUGGCCUUCGUCCUCACCUGGACGCCCUACAACGUGAUGGCCGUGGUGGCCGCCUUCUGCCACGUGUGCGUUCCCGAGGCGCUGUGGGCCGCCGGCUACUGGCUCUGCUACGUCAACAGCGCCCUCAACCCGGGGUGCUACGCCCUGUGCAACCCCACCUUCAGAGAGACCUUCUGCCGCCUGCUGCGCUGCCGCCGGCUGGCC